AUCGCCUACACCACUAUUUCGCCUACAGCUUAUAUAAACAUCCUGUCAAAUCCCAUCUACCCUGUUCAGGGACUGGAAUGGCCCUAUUCCACUGUAGUUUCAUCGAAUGCAACUAAAUGGGAGAGAAGACUAUUGAGAAGUUACUAUUGAUACAUGAUUUGUUUUAAGUAUACAGUGAAGGAUAUUAGUGAAGGGGGUUAUGCUUACCCCUGGGCCGCACUGUACAGACACAGAGCCAAGUCCAUCCCACCACUGCCUGAGAGCAGGGCUGGCGUCACUCUAGAAGGAAUAUGGACCCAGACCGAUGAUGGCCGAGAGUUCCUCUGUGUAGACGACGGUGAAGAUGACAGACUUUUGCUGUUUGCUACAACCGAGAUGCUGGAAUUAUUGAGCGACGCUGACAUUCUCUUUAUGGAUGGUACAUUCUUUGUGUGUCCUAACCUGUGGCUACAAGUGUACAUCAUUCAUUGUCUGGUGAAUGGUAAAAUGUUUCCUGUCGCUUUUGCGUUGCUUCCCAACAAGACCAAGCGGACGUAUGUUAGGCUUUUCACUUUGCUGAAGGAUAUUGUUGUGAGACGACUUGGCAUCGAACUUUCACCAGAAAUAUUCCAGAUCGACUAUGAAGCAGCAGUUAUCAGUGCUAUUAGUGAAGUCUCAAGGUGCAGCUUUCCACCGGUGUGA